AUGCACCUGCGCACCUUUUGCUGGGUGCUGGCGUUUUUGGCAUGGGCCGCUACACUCGUAGUAAGUGUACGCCCUGGUGAUUUCAAGGCAUGCAAGGAUUCGAGCGUGUGCCGUCGUUUCCGUCAAGUGUCGGAGCAAGUCGAGUCGUUUCCCUCGUACGUAUCGCCCUAUGCCGUGGCUGAGCGUGUGGCCAAGGUGGAUGAUGCAAAGAUCCACUUGCUCGUCAGGACAGCGCUGCACGACGUGUCAUUUGAUAUGAAUGCGACCUUCUUUGCUGAUGGCAACGCGCGCUUGCAAAUGGACGAACACGGCCCCACGUACAAGGACUGGCGUCACUACCCAGAGGCCAACGUGUGGGGCAUCGCACAGAUGCCCGCCCUGGCGGAGGAGAUCCACGUCACGCACCCCAACGAGGCCAAGACGGUCGUGUCAUGGGGAGCGGAUAAGAGUGGCAACAUGCAUGAAAUGCACAUCGAUCAUGCACCGCUGCGCAUCUCGUUUCUGCGUGAUGGCGUCGUACAGAUGAUGCUCAAUGAGCGCGCGCUCCUGCACAUGGAGCACUUCCGACCGAAGCCCGAAGGAGGUAUGCCAUCGACCGACGAACAGCGCGCAGCGUUUAUCGAAGAACGCGUGCGUGUGCUGAAAGCGCGCCACCCCACAGCAUCGCCAGCGUUGAUCGACAUGUGGUCCAAGUUUGAGACGCCAGACGAGGGCGAAUGGGAAGAGUCGUGGGGUGGCGUGCACGACUCGAAGCCCAAGGGCCCUGAGGGUGUAGCGCUCGACAUAUCGUUCCCAGGUUAUGACACACUCAUGGGCUUGCCGGAGCAUGCCAGUCCUCUGUCCCUCCGCUCGACUCGUGCACCACCGCAUGGCGAAGCGGAUGAUGAGCCUGGCCGCUUUUCUGACCCGUACCGCCUGAUGAACACGGAUGUGUUCGAGUACGAGUACGAUAGCCCCAUGGCGCUGUAUGGCAGUGCGCCAGUCGUACAUGCACUGAGCCGCUCCAGUGCCGUGAGCGUGCUGUGGAUGAACGCGGCCGAGACCUGGGUCGAUAUACACAAGAGCAAGCAGCGGCCUGGUCCGGCGGUCGACGUGAUGUCGCUGGGCGCUUCGCAUGCAGACGCGCUCGCCCUUGAGUGGGGGCACGUCGGCGAAGUCAUCGCAUGUGCACUUCAUGUCCGAGUCGGGCAUCUUGAUCUGUUUGUGUUCAUGGGGACCAACGCUCGCGCGCAACAUGGAGCGCUACAUGUCGCUCGUCGGCCGCACAGCGCUACCGCAGUACUUUGCCAUUGGCUACCACCAAUGCCGAUGGAACUACUGGUCUGA